AUAAACAAAACAAAAAAAAAGACAAACCAAUGAAACCAAUUUUAACUAUUUAAAUUUCAAAAAGAAAAGAAAAAACACUUGAGGGUCAAUGAUGUAAGGAGAAAAUGGGUUAGCAAUUAUCCAUUGGAUCUAUGCUUGCUUGUACCUCACAAACCGCAAAAUCUUUCUUGAAGUCGUCUUAGGUUGACCAACUAAAAAAAGCGAGGGAUACUUUGGUUUCGUCCAUUUUUCACAAUAUGGUGAAUUUAAGAAAGAAGUUUGAGAUGAAACAGGCGAAUCAGCCGGGUCGCGUCCCAAAUUAUUUCAGGAAUAAAUAUCAUGGAUAUGAUGACGAUAUGCCGAAUUUGCUACCUACGUUCAUCAAAUUGUUGGAUACUGAGAAGGACGAAGACGGUGCCGGCUUGAACGCUGCAGAGCAAAUCGAUAGGGAGUUAAAAAGCCGAAAAUGUGAUAUUCUUAAGUUCCGCAACUUGACGAUUCUCGAGCUUCCUCACUUGAACGAGUUUCUGUUUUCUACGGAGCUCAAUCCCCCGAUCAGUGACCAGGUUCGUCAUCGUGACAUGAAUGCUCCACUAUCGCAUUACUUCAUUCACACUAGCCUCAAAUCCUACUUUACGGGAAAUAAUGUCUUUGGGAGAUUAUACAGCAUUGAGCCCAUCAUUGAUGCACUUAAACAAGGUGUGAGAGUGGUUGAACUAGAUCUUUUGCCUUUUGGUAAAGACGGCAUAUGCGUUAGGCCAAAAUGGAACUUUGAAAAGCCUCUAGAAUUGCAAGAGUGUUUGGAUGCUAUCAAACAGCAUGCCUUUACCCCCACGAGGAGUUAUCCCGUGAUAAUUACGAUCAAGGACAGCUUGAAACCGGAUCUUCAAUCCAAAGUUACUCAGAUGAUAGAUCAGACAUUUGGUGAUAUGGUAUACCACGAAGACCCCCAACAAAGCUUGGAGGAAUUUCCUUCACCAGCAGAACUACAAAAUAAGAUAUUAAUAUCACGAAGACCACCAACAAAAUUGUUAUAUGCUAAAGCCGUUGAGAAUGGGGUUGAGCUUGAGAUACAAGAGGGGUCAACAGAUAAGAAUUACCAGAGUGUUGUUGGCUUUCAUGCAGUGGAACCAAGAGGCAUGCUACAAAAAGCAUUAACAGACGACGUCCAACAACCAGGAUGGUACGAAAGAGAUGUUAUAAGCUUCACCCAAAAUAAAUUCUUGCGGACACGUCCAAAAAAACGCAACUUGUUGAGCAACCCCCCUUAUAAACCUCAGAGAGCUUGGAUGCACGGUGCACAAAUGAUUGCACUAAGCAGGCAGGACGACAAAGAAAAACUUUGGUUGAUGCAAGGGAUGUUUAGAGCAAAUGGAGGGUGCGGUUACGUCAAGAAGCCGAAUUUCCUUUUGAAUGCAGGUUCUAGUGGAGUUUUCUAUCCAACAGAGAAUCCAGUGGUGGUGAAGACAUUAAAGGUCAAAAUCUACAUGGGAGAUGGAUGGAUUGUGGACUUCAAGAAGCGGAUAGGUCGACUGUCUAAGCCGGACUUAUACGUUAGGAUCAGUAUUGCCGGUGUACCCCAUGAUGAGAAGAUUAUGAACACGACAGUGAAAAACAACGAAUGGAAACCUACUUGGGGAGAAGAAUUCACAUUUCCCUUGACCUAUCCUGACCUUGCUUUGAUUAGUUUUGAAGUUUAUGACUACGAAGUAUCAACUCCAGAUUAUUUUUGUGGUCAGACUUGUCUACCGGUUUCUGAACUAAUAGAAGGAAUUCGUGCUGUUCCGCUCUAUGAUGAGCGAGGUAAGGCAUGCAGCUCGACAAUGCUGCUCACACGUUUUAAGUGGUCUUAGCGUACAAGUUUCUUUCUCAUUACCAAGUGGCGGCUCUUGAUCUAGUGGUGUUUCUUAAAACCUUUCAAAGUUACGCUUUCUAGGACCCCUAGUUCAAGUUCCACCUGGAAGGGGGAAAGGGUUUAGGCAAGCUUAGAUUGUGAUACGGAAAUAAGGUAUUUGGUCCAGAAAAACUUGGCAUUGGCAUUUUACUUUGGAGACGAAAAUAAAGUUUUCUCUUUUUCCUGUUAUUUGUUGUCACUUCAAGUUUCUUUCACUUUUAUUUUUGAAUUUCUUUUACUGAAUUACUGUCUUUUUAUUUCAAAAACUAUUUUUCAUUCUUCUGCAAGUUCUUCUCGAGCUUGGUUCAAAACAUAUACAUUUUUUUGGGGGGCAUACUUUCUUAGGUUCAGCCGUUCAGGGUAACAACUUUUGAUGGAACUGAAACUUAGUGAUGAAGUAAAUUAGUCAUUCUUCAUUUUGUGGUCAUGUUAAAAAUAUAUUUGUAAAAGUAAAAAUAAAAGCGGAUCUAGUUCCG